GAAAAUUUGGCGCCAUGUAGAAACUGAGCGUUUGUAAAUAUUAUUGUUAUCGCGAAUGUGUCAGUGGAAGAAAAUUAGUUAACGAGGAAUUUGACAAAAUUCAUAACCUUCGGUGACAUUUGCGCUGUGGCUCCUCACUACAUGUUUCGAUGGAUGCAAUGUGCGAGGAAAUAGACGCUCUUAUUGCCGAAAACAACGCUUUGGUUUCUCAAACAAAAGAAAAAUAUAGCCGUGUUAUUUCUGAACAGCAGGAAAUAAACUUGAAAUUAAAUGGUUUCCUAUGUUUGCUGGACAGAUUAAAGGUCCAUGAGAGAACCCAGAAUAAGGAAGAAGUAACUAAAGAAUACCUUGACUUAAAGUUAGGGGUGAUGUGCAAUGUCUUGUGGCUAUGCUGGACAUACAACAAAUUUUACGAACUGUAUGAUUCUGUUCUUUUGACCAAAAUUGAUGAAAAUUUGAAGAUGGUAUUGUUGUCUAGCAUAGGGAUGCUUGGUGAGAUUAAAGUAUGGCCUGAUGCUUUAAAUGGAAGAAAUACUUUUAGUAUCAGUUACAUGGAACUUGUUCUGGAGAAAAUAUUGUCAUUACCAGUCAUUCAUGCCGGGAAGGUACUGCAACUGUGCAUACUAAGUGUUUUGUAUAUUUUGAAAUUUGAUCCAGGAGAUGAUGUAUUGGAAAAAUGCAUUAAUUUGGUUACUACUUCAUGGAACAUAUCAAAAAAACUUUCAGAAAAAGCUCAUUGUUCAUUGGGGUCUGAUCCCAAGGAGACAAAGGUAAAUGGGACUGAUGACAAGAAGAAACUACCUAUUUCACAAUUUGAUUUUCUCCAGUGUGCUGCUCAUCACCACAGUUCCUUUACAGUUAUAAGUGAGACCUUACAAGUCCUACGGAACUUGUGUUGCACUAAACUGAAAAACAGAGAGAAUGCUGUGGCCUUCUUAACAUUGCCUGUUGAAAAUAUGACUUGUUUCCACUACAUCAAUUUAUAUGUAAGAGCAUUUGCAUUUAUCUGCCAGUCAGAACUGAAGCAGAGUUCAGUUCAGUUAUGGGCCAUUACCCAGUUGAAUUUAGAUGAUUGCCAGAAAGCGGCAGUUCACAUCCUGCAUGGCUACUACUUACAGAACAGUGGAUUUUACUCAUCUGCCCAUAAGCAAUAUGUCAACUCAAUAGAAAGUGCCUGGAUGAUGAUAGCUCUUCAGCUUCUCUGUUCUAAUUACAGUUUUCUCAUAACAGAAAUUAAAGACAGGAUUGGAAGCAACCCCUCAGGAUUCUUAGAUUGUUACAUUCAACUGUUAAAAACAUCAAAAAGUGCUUUGCGUGGAAGUUGGAUAAGUUCAUCGAAACAUAAUGUGAACUUUGAAUUCACAGUUAUCAGUUAUUUGUAUGCAGAUCCGAAGUUUUCAGAGUAUUCCCUACAGUAUGAUUUGGCCAGGGCCUACACAAAGUGUCAGAAUUAUCUGUCUGCAUCAGAAGAGUACAUGUCAUUGCUUGGAAGUAUCUUGACAAAGGAUUAUAAUGCCAGUGGACUCUCACAAAAGCAAGAUAUUUUUACAAAUAUUCGUGUGAUCAUCCAUGAUGCAAUAUUAGUGCAUAUGAAGAGUUCACAGUUGGAGACUGCCCUCUUAUUAUGCAGGCUGUGCACAGAUCAGAAAUCGGUUCCUGCCACAAUAGUAGAAUCUGCAGAAUCUUUUAUACUGGGUAUGAAAGAUGAUGUCAUUGCAAUGAUGCUGACAGCAGAAGUCUACAUGGGUAUGGGGAAAACUAAUGAAGCGAAGGACAUCUUGAUGAGGUCCAUGGAGGCUGUAGUUGGAUGCAUACUGAAUCUAACGAGCAGUAGAGAUGCAGAUUGUUAUAAAGUGAAAGCAACUGAACUUCUUAAUGGAUUAUUAGCAAAAGUUUAUCUACAGAUUGCUGAAUGCUAUUUACAAAAUCAUUUGAUGAUAGAAGCUUCUUGUUUUCUACAGCGAUCACUGGAAAUAAAACCAGGGCAUCCAGAGGCUGUUAUGCUGUAUCAAAAAAUGCAGACUGGAUCUGUGGGUCAUGUUUCCCACCCAGUGAGUAAUUCAGAGGAAAGCAUAAAUCUUCUGCCAGAAGACUGCAAGAGUACAGCUUUAAUGUAUCUUCUCAAAGGAAAGCAUUACUCAACAUUUUUUUGAAGUUUUGAUUCUUGGUACAGGACAUUUUUAUCACCAUCUUUCAGUACCCCGAGUAAACAUGUCAUUAUUUUGAAUGUCCUGAAAUUUCUUGUCUGUAAUUGUAAUCUGACAAAAAUGAAUGAAAAAAACUGGAAUUUGCUUGCUCAUAUAGAGACUUGAGUUUAUUGCAGGACUAUGAAAUUGUAUCAAGGCUAUAGAGUGAUGCAGACUGAAUUAUGUACUGCAUGAAAUAUACAUAAUGCUCAGAUUUUAAAGUAUAUCCUAAAUAUACAUGUGUAAGUCAUGGGCAAUGUCCAUUUUGAAGACUACAAUGUUUAAAUGUGUGUCACAUAUGAAAUUAUGAAGUCUUGUACUGUGACCCUGUGUUAUGAGUAAGUUGUAUCAAAUUAGAGUCGUAUGACUCAGUUGUACCUGUAGUUGGAAGGAUUUGUCUCCAGCAGAGUCCAGACCUUCCUUGUGCUGACUUUAGGAUAUGUAUUCUGUAUUUUUUACAAUUUUUGAAAGUUUAGGUGUUCUGUGUAUGGCUUAAUUCAUACAAAAUGAAAAAUUGCGACCUACAUUUGGGUAUUCUACAAAAUUUGGCAAUAUUAUCUUGUUUUGUAUUGUACAGGAUGGGAGGAGUCAGGCUGAAGAGCGGACAUGCAGUGGGUGUAUGUCCUAAAGUGAAAAGCAGAAAAGUGCUGUUCACCAAUUAUCUAUGUGCAUCUCAUUUUUAGGGGUGCAUAGGGUGCACCUGGGAAAGACACCAACAGUUGGGCAGGAGCCAUUAUGGCUAAAUGAUCAAGAGGGUGCAGAAAAACGUGUUGUUAGGUCGGGAGCUGGUUGUAGAGAGAGCGAGCCCAGCUGGGCCCAACACUCCGCUCCCAUCUACUAAGGCCUCACUUGAUCAUUCUCCCACACUCCCAUUGGUCGAGGACUGUAGGCAAACAUAUGCUAGGUAUGUGUUUAUCAGCAGUCCUUCACAGUGACAACUCUUGUCAGGCCAGAAAUAAGGCUGGUACUGAGCAACAAACCGUGGGAGCGGUCUCCCAGAAGAUAACAACUCUUGAGCGGAAAGAAACAGUUUACAUCUUGGCUUGGCCCAUCUAGUUUUUAUCCACAUUUUAUUUUUAUAGGUUCUGGUACUCCAUUUGUUUUAAAUAAGGGCAGCUUUUAGCACGCAAUUUGUUUGAAACAUGACAUGAAUGCUGUGGAGUGGCUCUAAGGCAGUGACCUAUUAACGAGAAUCUUUGUGAGUACUCUUCAAGCACAGCUCUAUAAUACUACUUUUCAUUAUCCUUUUGUUCUUUGCACCAUUGUUAAGGAUUCUUUGUAAAAGAAGUUUUUCUUAUUAGUUGUACUGAUCAUCAGAGGAUGUGUCUUCUAGUGGUGCAAAACCAUCCAUGACUUUUUAUUAAAAGUAUUAUACAGCCAAUGUGGAUUAUAUCUUUGAAAAUGUGGAAGUUUGGCUGUGGUUGCCCGCAGUUUAAAAUAACAAGUUUCAAUUUUGUUGUUACAAUUUCUUUGGGAUUUAGUUAGCGAUUUAGUCAAAGGAUAACACAAAGCAGUAUCCAUUAUCACAGCACAGUUUAGCUAAUUUGAUGCCAUUUUUGUGUCUCUUUUGUUUCAAAUAGUGGCUGAAUAUAAUUCAUCCCCGUAAGUGUAUUAGAAAUUCAUCGAUACUUUGUAUUUUUGCAGGAUCAUAAUAUUCAUUUCAUAAAAGUUUUGUUCAGUUCAUUGAUGAUGAAUUGAAAUUUUGUAAGAUGAUCCAAAGCAGGAGUGGCCAAGCUGCGACCCGCGGUACACUAAUUUUUGUCCCAUGGAUAUGUUUCAAAUGAAAGAAAAAUUUCACAUAAAAACUCCAAAAGAUCAUUCCAUCAAGUGUCUUUCAUACAAUAUCCAAUUACAAUAGGAAUGUCUCAGUUCAUUGAUUCAGAUAUCAUUAAAUUUUCAUCUAUACUCCUGUAUGAAAAAAAUCACUAUAUUGGAUUUAUUUUGAAAAGCCCGCGUGCCAUCUUGAAUAAAAUACAGUUUACCUUGGCAAUAUGCAACCAACAAUCAGCAGGAGUAUGAACUGCACAACCGGAUACGUUUGUUGCUCUGCGUGAGUGAGACGAGUGGCAGGCAUAUACAAUACAUUCCUUAUUUAAUUUUACUGCAAACUCAAAACACUAUCGGCCAUAAAGUUACAGCCCUUCAUGUGUGUAUGUGGUGCACAUUUGAUCACAAUAGACCUAUAUCAUCACUUCAGCAAAGUAAAGCCAGCUUUUAUCUUUUUACAAUUAAUCUGUGAUGCUUGUCUUUAAUUUUAGUAGGCUUGCAUUUAUUUUAUGUAUUCAGUUAUGGUGAUUAGGUACACCAAUCGACAUUAGCAAUGGUUUCUGCCUCACUACCUUCUUUUAAUUUUAGUAGGACAAAAUAAAAUAAAAGUGC